AUGCUUCCAGGUUACCACGCAUCCGAGCAUGUUUUGCCUCAAAAGAAGACUGCGACGUGGCUUCGAAAUCGAGGACCCGAUAACUACCACACUCAUUUAGUGAAACUAGAAAGUCCUGGACUGUCGACAUCCGCUCCGGAGACCAUAUAUCUCACAUUUAUCUCGUCGGUUCUGGCACUGCGAGGCGACCACGUUACCAGCCAGCCACUCGUGGAUACCGACAGUAAUUCUGUCCUCUGCUGGAACGGCGAAGCAUGGAAGAUCAACGGCGAGCUCAUUGAUGGGAAUGACACACAAUUAGUGUUUCAAGAGUUGAUUGAAGCUUCCCGAUACCGCCAUGAUGUUGGUGAAUCGGAAGAAAGUAGACUCAAUGACUCUGUUGCUAGACUAACGAACAUAAUCAGCAACAUUAGAGGACCGUUUGCCUUUGUAUUCUACGAUGGAGUCCAUCGCAGAUUAUAUUUUAGUCGAGAUUGUCUUGGAAGGAGAUCUUUACUUCGUGGCCAAGAUGACCAUGGAAACCUCAAAAUAUGCAGCGUCUGCGACGCAUUACCAGGGGCUUCUUUUGAGGAGGUGGAGUGUGACGGGGUUCAUGUGAUUGACCUUUCACGAAUCUCACUAUCGAAAGAUCCCGAAGGCACACGCAGUAUAUCGUAUGAGGUGGAGGUGAUACCAUGGUCAUAUGGAUCAACGGAUGCUCCGCGAUUGAAGAAUCCAGUCGCUCCAAUGAAUCGAACGUCACCCAGCACAGAUCCACCGUCUUUAUCCUUAUCCUCCUCUUGUGUUCAUACGCUGGAAGAUGAGCUUCGUCUGUCAGUGGAAGUUCGUGUCCGAAAUAUACCACAAUUAGGACAUGGGAACCCUGGUACCGAUGCUAAGGUUGGAGUACUAUUCUCCGGCGGCUUGGAUUGUACGUUGCUCGCUAGACUUGCCCAUGACGCGCUUCCGAAAGAAGAAAGUAUUGAUUUAAUCAAUGUCGCUUUUGAAAAUCCUCGCGUUGCAGCUGCUUUAAAAGCCAAGAAUGAGAAAGUGAAUGGGAAUGAAGAGAUGACUUCUAUCUACGAGAGCUGCCCGGAUCGUAUCACAGGUCGAGCUGGGCAUGCUGAACUACAAAAAGUUUGUCCGGAUCGCGUCUGGCGAUUCGUUGCUGUCAACGUACCAUUCCAAGAUUUCACAGCACAUCGAGAUGAAGUUAUUCAGUUAAUACGACCACACAACACGGAGAUGGAUCUAUCCAUCGCCUGUGCUCUCUACUUUGCGUCGAGAGGGCAAGGUGUUGUAACCACCAAUGAUAGUAGCGAUGCAACUACAACAUACACGACAACUGCACGAGUGUUACUUUCUGGUCUAGGUGCAGAUGAGCUCUUCGCUGGCUAUGGGCGUCACGGAAUCGCUUUUGCUCGCAAAGGAUUUCAAGGUCUAAUUGACGAGAUCGAUCUAGACGUUGGUCGUCUUGGCAAGCGGAACUUGGGCAGAGAUGACCGCGUCAUAUCGAACUGGGGACGCGAGGCUCGCUUUCCUUUCCUUGAUGAGGAGUUUGUCUCCUGGGCCACACAGACACCAGUCUGGGAGCGGUGUGGGUUUGGUACAGCCAAGGCGAAACCCAUACCGGACGAUGAUCUUGGUCAGAUCGCAGAAAACCUUGACUCCGAAAAGAAAGCCCUUCGUUUGUUGGCGCUGAAGCUAGGCAUGAUCAAAACAGCGCGGGAGAAGAAACGAGCUAUUCAAUUUGGUUCUAGGACUGCUAAGAUGGAAAGUGGUAGGAGUAAGGGAACUCAAACAAUUUAGCCUCUUCUUCUCUUCACAUUUUUUGGGUAAUCUUACGUGCUUGGAAAUCAAGGCUUAUCUGCGAUGAUGACAACCAGAGAGACAGAUACUUAUGAGAGUCUUAUUCCUUUACUAUUAUCUCUAUACUGGGUCUGGCAUCUGUUCGAGAUGUGCUGCGCCCAUCUACUUCCGUCUGCAUUUCAAGUCGAACCACGCCCUCGUCCUCA